CUAAUAUACAUAAGCAUUUUUUUGUUGAUAUUCAUUUUGAGUGUUGCAAUUGUGUGCCUUCAUAUAAUCUAUGACUAUAAUACUAUGAUUUUUAGUAUGAUUUUCAAUAUUCUGCAUUAUUACGUGAGGCAAAGUGAGAGAGCGUGGCAUAUAGUGCAUGUAUUUUCAUGGGUCAGCACAGUUUUUUUGAUGGCCCAACACCACCCUGUUAUUCCCUCAAGUGUGAUGCUGGCACACGCUAACACGUUUCUCUUCACCCCCCAAGGUAUUGUACCUUGUGUUAUCCUUGUGGAGCCUCAAAAAAGACAAACACUGAAGCUAAUCUGCUCGCUCGACUGUCUCAUCAGCACUUUCCACAACUGACGUAAAAGACAAUCAACAAACAGGAGAAAACUCUACCAAUAACAAGGGUUUGCUAUUACCCCUAUAUACCUGCAUCUCCACAUGUAGACAGUGCACUUAUUCUGCGAGCCACUGAGUCACACAGUGAGGUGUCAUAUACAGUGGUAAUGAGUCACUGUGAAAUGUGGCGUCACUGUGGCCAGAACCCUCACAUUUUGUCCUCAGUUAGCCCCAACCUGGGGAGUAUUCUGUUUCACACAAGAACAGCGCUCCUCUCAGCUGCACACCAAGACUUGACUUCAUAGGAGCAUGAAAUAUAAAAAAAACCCAGAAAUUUGAAGCUUUCCUUUUGAUGAGAAAGUGGCCAUGAGACAGUGAGCAAGAGAGAGAGAGUGAGAGAGAGAGAUGACAGUGAUGAUAGAGUUUGAGUAUCCCUUUUUCUUUUUCUUUUUUUCUACAAAGAUGCACGUCAGAUAUAAAUGCUCUGGGCUGAGAAAGAUGGAGGGAGAAGAGAGACAGAGACAAAUGGAAGAGAGGAGUUGCUGACUUAGUUGAGGCGGAAAACAAUGCCAGACUGAAUAGAGAAACUGCAAUUUUCAGGCAGAAAAGUGACAGAUUGCACUGAUGACAAUGCAAUGAUAGUGAUUAAGAACCAUCACCACUGCAGUUGUGAUUAUGUAGUUUUUCUUUCAUGAUAUGAGGAAAUUUCUUUGUGCUACAAAGAAAGAAGUUAAAAGUUUUCUUUUACAUGAGAAACAGUCUUUCUUUCAUUCAUUAGAUUCAUGGGUCAGUUGCUUUGUGGGCUUGGAUUCUUCAUUCUUUCAUUCAAAAAAUAUAACCUGUGACACAUUAUAGCAGGUAAUGGAAGAACAAAAGAGACAAUAAUGGUGCACAGGCAUUGUACCUUCUCUCCAUUUAUCAGCCCACACAAUAGCACUCAGCUCAGCCUGUACUCUCACCCUUCCAUUUGGCUUACUUAACUGUAGUAUAAUUUGUGUGAGCCUGACUCAUGAUUGUGUUUCUUUACUUCCUCACUAUUUUCGGCUCCAGGUUUCAAAUAAUUUUUUCAAAUCUCAAUUUUAUCCUUAUCCUGUUGUCCCUCUCCCAUUCUUUCUUCCAUGAACUAACCAAUUCAUCACUACUGCCUCUUCUUCUUCUCCUCUUCAGCUGUUAUCUGUCUUCCUGUGCUCUCCUCUCCUCCUCCUGCCUUCCCCUUUCUAUCAUGUCUGUAUCCAUGAGGAGCCAACAGCAGCGCCGGCGCUCUCUAGGUCCUGUCUCACCCAAGCGCUUAUACAGAAACCUGUCCGUCAGACUGAGGGGAGGAGAGACAUCUGUUGCCAGGGAAAUGGAUACGCUCAAGCACUACAGCAAGUUUGCGGAUGCUUACAGCACCCUGUGGGAAGCAGUGGAAAAUGAGGACACUUUGGCUGUGCAAAGUCUGCUGUCCAGAGACCACACCAGCUAUGGAGGAGGAGGUGGAGGAGCAGGAAGCAUGUGGGAAAGAGGAGAAAGGAAAGAAAAGGACUGGGAGAAAGAGCGAGAGAAAGGAUUAAACAGGGUGAGCGAUCAGGGUCUGGUUCCCCUGGAUGUAGCGGCCCUCACUCAUAACUCUCCUCUGCUCCAUGUGUUGACAAAGGCAGGAGCCAGGCACAACCCUGUUUUGUGCCAACCGGCUGACUGGGAAAUCAAGCUGCAGGCUCUGGUGGCAUUGGCAAACAAACGGGUGGAGGAGAAGAAGACGGAGCUCGUGAAGAAGAAGGAGUUAGUGAAGAAGACUGGGGUCGGGCCUCAGGCUCAGUCUGACAUUGAGAGACAUAUUCGCCUCUGGAGUCUUAGGAUGCAACUGUACUGCAGGAUGAGAGAGAACUUCCAAAAGACAGAACUCCCCGGCCCUCCCACUCUUGUGUCCAUAGUGGUGACCAGUACGACCUCUUUGUUCGUGUCAAUCAAAGAGCCAGAAGGUGACACUAUAGGGCUCAUCACACGCCACAGAGUGGAAUGGAGCACCUCAGCCAGCUUCAAAAGCAUCCUUGACUCAGCCCAAGUUACGGAAACAAAGAAUCCUUCCUAUAGUAUCAAGGGACUCACCGCAGGAGUGCAUUACUUUGUAAGAGCGAGUGCCUACAAUGUGAAAGGAUGGGGCCCACCUCAGUGCUCUACUCCAGUCAGCGCUGCCCCCUCCAGUUGGAGAGAGUGCAUUGGUGUGAAGUCACAGUUCAGAAACCAUGAGGACCUAGUGACAAAACUGCUAGAAGAUCCCAAGGAACCACACUACAGAGGAUACUGCAUAGAGAGCUCUAAGCCCCAGAGUCCCAGCAAGCGUCUGUCUGUGUCUCGUGGCAUCAAACAACUGUUCCAGUCUGCCACCAAGUUUGUUCGCCUCCUACAGAGGGGCGUGUACUUGGCAACCGUGUUCUACUACAAGGAAAACUUUCUGGUGACAGCUGAAGAUCAAAUCCCCAUGGUUGAGAUCCAGUGCUGUUCCACCUCCAUCACCCACGACUUCCUUUGGUUUGCCAAGUUGUCGUGUGCAUGGCAACAAGUGCCAUGGCUCCAACAGGCCCUCUCCACUGCACAUUCAUCACCAUCCUCCCUCCUUCAGAACAGGCACAACAUUUUAAGAGCAGUUUCCCAGCUGCAGUCUUCCCUGGGAACAGUGGACCUGGGCAGGGUGUACUACGAACCGCUGAAAGACCGGCAGGGCAACGUGCUACUGGUGACAUUGAAGGAGUUUCCAAAUCCCCCCAACCCUCCAGACCCUCCGCUCCACUGGAUGACCCUGGCCCGCCUGGAAAAGAACCGCAACAGAGCUCCUCUCCUGCCUGAGCCCACCGCCAUGGACAUGCUCUUUGAGCAACUCAAGGAGAAGCUGUACUUCCAUAGGCACAGCAUGCAGUGGGCACAGGCAGGUCUGUAUGUGGGCAUCCUUAAACUGUGCAGCUCAGUAGAACAGAUCAGGGUCCUGGUGCCACAGAGGCUGCCUAAUCUUCUCUGCCACACGCGUGUUCGACACAACGCCCACGUGACCAGAGAGGAGUGGACGUGGCUUCAGAGUCAUGUUUACACGACCAUCAGUGGCAGUGUUCAGAACCUGUUGACCGGUGACGACGAAAGCUUGAUGGAGAGCAGUGGCCUGGUGGAUUUCGUCCGGUCUCUGAGAGCAGCAGUCACACAUCUCCUGACAAAGCUCAACAUCCCCCUCUACAGGGCCUACCAGUAUGGUGUGUACACUCGCGAGCUGCUGCAGUUUGGAGACAAUCUGUCCAUGGUGCUGCUGCUGCCUCCCAGCGAGGACUUCAGCUCGAGUUACUGGCCUCUGUUGGGCACCAAGGAGCCCGGUCUCACCAUGCCUCUGCAGAUCUUUGAGUUAGUUCACUUCUGGACGUAUGAAAGGGGCUUCCUGUCUCAGUACUGCCAGGCCUGGGUGAGACUGGAGCUGGACACUCAUUUGGCCCAGCAGGCUCUGCGGGAGGCGUUGGACACCAAGGAGGUGCAGGAGGCCCGAGACAGGCUGAACCGCAUCACAGACGUUGCCCAUCGUCUGGAUGUGGUGUGGCGUGAUGCCCGCUGGAUCAUGGACUGUCUACAGUGUGUGCGGUCCAAGCAGUGGGUGGGGGCAGUGCCUCUGGGUCUGGUGAUGGGAGGAGACCCACCACCACGUCCUGAUGGUGAGGACGAUGAGGAGAGUUUGACCAGCAGGCUGACCUGGCCCAGUCUGACAUAUGCACAGAGAGCAAUUACAGAGAAUUUAGUCAGUUCGACUCCCCCUAAUGUAGUCACUGCUGAAGUCUCCACUCCAGCGGGAAUCAUGGUUGUCCCAGAAGAGACAGCGCUGGUGUUGAUGGAGGGCGUCGCAAAGGGAGGGUACCCUGUUGACAUCACUGCCCAAUCAACAUUAGACUUGACAAGCAUUGGCCCAUCUGAAUUAGGAUGUGCGAGUGCUUUAAUUGAAUCUGGACUAGAGCCCGCUGCUGUUGCACAGCUGGAUGCAGGGUUUACUGUUUUGGACACUCAGGAGUCCUUCAAUGGUGAACAGGACUUUCCCUCCAGCAUCACUGAGGUAAUCCGCCCAAUGGAGAUGGCAGAGUUGGUGGACAUCUUGCCCACACUGAGUCUAAUCGAGGAGGAGACACCCAGUGGUCCUCCCAUACCGUCAGUAAUGGACAUGCUGGAGAGCUUUGGACUAGGGAUUGAUGAAAACAACACCUUGAUCGAUUUAGGUAAUUCAGGCUUGAUUAGUGAUGCUGGGUGUCUCUCACAACCUGACCUGCACUAUAGCAACCGUGAUACGAGUGAGGCACACAGUGGGAGUAUGGCGUUACAAGGACAAGACAUGUCAGCUUGUCAUGACAUGUUGAGUGCUGCUUGUGAUGAUGUGCCUGUUUGGUGCUGGGAUUUUCCAUCAGGUGCUACAGAGAUCCAGCAGAUUCCCAGCAACGGAACAUGUUUUCCUCUGAGAAACCAGGUGGCGUGGGAAACACCGUCCAACAGCUCAUCCUGAUGUUGUCUGAAAUAACAGCUGACUUUGAACUUUGUGUCAACAUAUAACUUGACAUUACUGGCUAAUAGAAAAAAAAAAAAAAUAUCAAGCUUUCGGUUUGGAAAGGACCUGAUCCUCGAUUACUGACUUUUGUCCACUGAGUUAAUAUCAAGUAAUGUCCACUGUGGCAGGCGAAAGUUUAAUUGACAAAUAGAUAGAAUUUUAUCUAAUGUAUAAUUGCUGCCGAUCUACAAAUAGAUGUGGAAAGUUUAAGGUUCAGUGUGUAGGAAUUGUUGACACCUACUGUUGAGACCAUUGACCGCAAUAAACAGAGAAGUCAGUUAACUACAGCAUGGUGGCCGUUUGGGCUGCUGUAGAAACAUAGCAGUACAAGAUAGCAGCAUCCAUAAAGCAAGGUUCUAGCCCAAAGUACAUAUAGAAGACUUAUUGUAAAAAUAUUUUUUUAUUGAAGCAGUUAUUACUUAUACAACUAGAGGCUGUUAUGGUCAAUUUCUGUCAAUAACUCUUAAACAUAACACACUGGACCUUUAAAAGAAAGACAAAAGUAUAUUUUGUAAUGUGUAGUGCAGCAGAGCUUCUCGUGUGUACAAACCAAACUAUAGCACCAGCUCAUUGUGACAUGAAAACCCAUCACUCACUAUAGUACCAAGCAACAUUGCGGCUUUUUAUAUCCUGCAACCAAACCAAUGCAUUAAGUCAAGUAAAAAGCAAGUGUUUUCACUCACUCACUGCAAAUGUUUAUUUAAAUACCUUUGACUGCAUGGUAUUCUAAACAUUUCUGAACUCUUCUUCUGGGUCUCACUUUGUUGGAGCAUGAAAACCAAUCAAAAUCAAAAGUUAUUUCUUGCUUUAGAUUAAAUUUGGCCUCAUGCUGUGCAUUUUGCUGCACAAUGUCCUCUGCCUUUCAUUUCUAGAGUGGGAUGUCUUAAUAAAGGGAUUUUCCACAAAAACUAUGGAGACUACAUUAAGCAUAAUGUAAAGAGUAGUAGGAUGUUGUUGAAGAAACCAGUCAGAGAUGUGUACUUCUGAUAAGCUGAAGUAUCAUGUGGUCAUGAAAUGGAGGAACGUACAGUGUCAACAUUUCACAUCUUUUCUUUUUUAUGUUUUUCCAUUUUUCCUAUUUGUUGUACUUUGUAAAGUCCACUGUCAAAAUGUACGUAAACAAUUAAAAGACCUAGCACAUACAGUA